AUGGCCACCUAUUCUUCGGAGGCGGCGCAGGACAAGCUGCGGGCCAAGUUCCAGACGCCGCUGAAGCGCAAGGCGGAGGACGAUGCGUCGAGCUCGGUGCCUCUUGUUCCGCUCGCGCACGAGCCGAGUUUCCUGUGCCAGUGGCGCGCGCCGCAGAUGCGCAAGCACAAGACGUGGCAGGGCGACGCGAUUCUUGUCCUGCACACGAACCGCACGACGUGCUCACUACGGUCGGUGCACGACGGCAAGAUGCUGGUGACGAAUGCGGCGUUUCGCAAGCCGGAUAUCCAGGAAGGCGACGAGCUCUAUGUCGGCGGAAAAGAGAUCCUCAUAGAAAAAGCGCUCGACGCGACGCCGGCGCAGGACGCGGAGCAAGACCGCGUCGAGACCCCGGCACCACCCAAGCCGGUCGCGCGGGCACGCACCGGUGCGAUUCCCACGUCGCAGUUUUACGCGACGCCGUCCAAGCCUUCGCCGCAGCCCGAGGCAAGGGCAGUGCGCCGCGCCGCGCCGGAGCCCCACCCCCGCUACGACCCCGAGGCGCCGGGCGCGGUUGUAAUGCGCCGGCCCAGUGCCAAGCACCAGGAGAUGUACGGCCGAACGCUGCCGGUCGUCGACGUGGUGCUCGAUCCGGAGCUGACACGCAUCCUGCGGCCCCACCAAAUCCAGGGCGUGCAGUUCCUGUACGAGGCCGUGACCGGCAUGGCGGCGCUCGAGCACGGACACGCGUCGCCUGGCCAAGGCGCGAUUCUCGCGGACGAAAUGGGGCUCGGAAAGACGCUCCAGACGAUUGCGCUUGUCAUUACGCUCCUGCGCCAGAGCUGCUACUUUUCCUCGGUGACAACCGGCACGGUCGACAAGGUGCUGAUCGUGUGCCCGCUCACGCUGGUCGUCAACUGGAAGCGCGAGUUUCGCAAGUGGAUCGGGCGCAGUUCGAUUGGCAUAUUGGCCGUCGAGGGCGACGGGCGCACCGAGGUCGAAAAGUUUGUCUCGGGGCGACAAUACCAGGUCCUGAUCAUUGGGUACGAACGCCUGCGCAGCUGUGCAAAGCAGCUCGCCCAAGCACGGCCGCCAGUGGGUCUCGUGGUGUGCGACGAAGGCCACCGCCUCAAGUCCAAAGAUACCAAGACGACCAAGUGCUUCGACAUGUUCCACACCAAGCGCCGCGUCCUGCUGACCGGUACGCCGAUCCAGAACGACCUGCGCGAGUUCUACUCGAUGGUUGACUUUGUAUACCCCGGCAUGUUUGACCAGUACGCCGUGUUCAAGCGCGUGUUUGAGGACCCAAUCAUGCGCAGCCGCGCACAGCACUGCUCGCCCCAGGCCCUCGAGCUCGGCCGCGCACGCUCCCAGGCGCUGCAGCUUGUCACAAAAGGCGUGAUUCUGCGGCGCACGGCGGACAUCCUGUCGAAAUACCUCCCCCCGAAACACGAAAUGGUGCUUUUCUGCUCCAUGUCCCCGAUCCAGAAGCGCAUGUAUGCGCUGUGUGCGGAAUUCGUGCAGUACCAGCUGACCUUUAGCGAGGAGCGGAACUAUCUUCCGUACAUUACCAUCCUCCGCCAGCUGUGCAAUGCGCCAGAGCUCUUGUGCACGGACGCGGACCCCAGCAGCGACUCGAGCACCGCGUCGCUGCUGCGUGCGGCGGAAUCGGUGUACGAGACUGGACGUGCACACCGCGCGCUGCGCGAAAGCGGCAAGCUCGCUGUGCUGCACACGCUCCUCACGUCCGUUCGCAAGCACACCGACGACCGCGUGAUUGUUGUGUCCAACUUUACCUCGACACUCGACCUCUUGCAGCGGUACUGCAACGAGCAGCGCUUUCCGACGCUGCGCCUCGACGGCAAGACGAAGCAAGACGCGCGUGCGAAGCUCGUCGCACAGUUCAACCGCAACGACGGCAGCGAUCAGGAGCCGUUCGUGUUUCUCCUCAGCUCGCGCUCGGGCGGCGUGGGCCUGAACCUGAUCGGCGCGAACCGCCUCGUGCUGUUUGACAGCGACUGGAAUCCGUCGACAGACCGCCAAGCAAUGGCGCGUAUCCACCGUGAUGGGCAGACCAAGCCGUGCUUUAUCUACCGCCUCUUGCUCGUCGGCGCGAUGGACGAAAAGAUGUACCAGCGCCAGAUCACCAAGAUUGGGCUCAGCGACGCGCUCGUCGGCAGCGACACGCAUUCGGCAGAGCAGGCGUCGACGGUCGGCGACUCCUUCUCCCAAGAAGAGAUCAAGGAUAUCUUUACGAUGCACCCCAGCACACACUGCCACACGCAUGACCUGCUGCGGUGCCGCUGCGAAGGAAACGGCACGAAUCCCCAGGCACUCCUCGACAAGGACGACGACGAUGUCCUGCCCAAGAUGCGCUCGGGCUUUGUCUCGGCCGCGCACGUCCAGAAAGAGAGCGAGUUGGAACGCAAUCAGCGCCAACAGCUCGCGAGGCAGCUGGGCGAGCUGCGGCACUAUGAUUUCCAGCGCUAUGCGGAUCUGUGCAUGCACGACGAUAUCCUCCAGCACAUGGCAUCGAUGCAGCGCGCAGAGCGCACCGCGCACCCACCCGAAGCGGCCCAGGACCGGCCAUUCGCUUCUGCGCUCACGUCCCACGCCUCGGAUACGCCGUUCCUGGAAAAGCUCGUGGAAAAGUACGCGGCGCAAGGCGCGCCCGCCGGCGGCGGCACCGAGCUGACCUAUGUCUUUGUCAAGCCGCCAACCAGCACGCAGUCCGAGACAGCAUCCUCCGGCACAUCGACGCCCCAUCCCCCGUCCGGCGGCGUCCCGUCGACGCCCGAGCCCGAGGCGGCCGCCGCACCAUAG